AUGGUAAUAAAUUUCGUAUUACAGCACUGGAAUGCAGAGGCAGCACAACAAGCCCAAAAGUACGCCGACGUUUGCAGAUUCGUCGAACACAACAGUUGGAAGGACAGAAUCGUCAGAAACUUCUACUCUUGUGGUCAAAACCUAUUCGGCUCCCGGGAAAAAACAGACUGGUACACGGCCAUUGAAAGCUGGUACAGUGAGUACGUGAACUACACGUACGGCAGCCACAAGAACGUGUUUGAAGAUAUCGGUCAUUACACCCAGAUGAUGUGGGCCACCAGCCAUCAGGUCGGCUGCGGAGUGGCCUUCUGCAAGGGCGGACGCUGGGGCCAGUUCUACAACUUCGUCUGCCAUUACUGUCCUUCAGGCAACUACGGUAUGAAGUAUCCAUACAAGAUAGGGCGACCAUGUGGCGACUGUCCUUACAACUGCGUGUAUGGGAAACUGUGUACCAACUCCUGUCCCAGUCUAGAUGCCUUAGGAAACUGUGAAGAAUUACUGGUGGAACCAGAUAUCUGCUAUACGGGAGACUGCAAUGCGACUUGUUGGUGUAGAGACAAAAUUCACAAGAACUAUCCUUGGGUAUAG